AUGCCUCCAAGUCUGAGAAGUGUGCAGCUGCAGUUCCACGUAUCUGGGCGCAUGUAUCGCCCGCGCCCAGCCGGCGCUGAUGGCGGCGUCAAGACACCUUUACAGCCUAAAUCCGUGAAUGCAAUCGAUCGCCUCGCCAAACCGUUCAAAUGCCCAGGCUCGGCGACGCCAGCCAGAGCCUCAGAGAAGCCGGCAAGGAAGCGACGAAAGGUGAACUAUGCCAAUACCGAUGGCAGCGCAGAAGAUGGAGCCGAGAAACCGUACACAAAUGAAGAUCGACUCGCGUUGGCGACGCGCGAAGUGAAUAGAUUCCCGGUGUUCAAGCCCAAGGACAAGGACGCAGCGUUCAGAACACGGUUCCGAAUCCCCUUGAUCAAUAAAGAGAUGGAAGGCUACAACCCAGAUCGGCCAGCGCCGACACUGGGCCUACGACAGGGUGCGACUUUUAUAGCCAAGCCGCUGCACGAUCCGAGUGGUGAAUUUGCCAUAGUUCUUUACGAUCCGACCGUGGACGAUAUCACCGAAGAGCCGAAGCCGAAGGAGCAAGAACAACCAAAGGAAAAGGAGGAGACUUUGGACGAGCCCCUCGUACAUAAGAGUCUAGCGGAUAUACUUGGCUUGAAGAAGAAGGUGGAAGGCCGGCCGAAGGUGCCUGUUGUGAUUGACCCGCGACUGGCCAAGGUCUUGCGCCCACAUCAGGUCGAGGGUGUCAAGUUUUUGUAUCGAUGUACAACUGGUUUGGUUGACAGGAACGCCAAUGGUUGUAUCAUGGCAGACGGUAUGGGACUGGGAAAAACACUUCAAUGCAUCUCUUUGAUGUGGACUUUACUCAAGCAAGAUCCGGAGGCCGGCAAAACAACCAUCCAGAAGUGUGUGAUUGCAUGCCCUUCUAGUCUGGUCGGAAACUGGGCCAAUGAGUUGGGGAAAUGGCUGGGGAAAGAUGCCACCACCCCAUUCGCGAUAGAUGGCAAGGCAUCCAAAGCAGAGCUCACCCUUCAAGUCAAACAGUGGGCGAUUGCUUCUGGUCGAGGAAUCGUUCGCCCUGUCCUCAUUGUCUCCUAUGAAACACUCCGUAUGUAUGUGGAGUGCUUGAAGGAUCACCCGAUCGGUCUUCUGCUCUGCGAUGAAGGUCAUCGGCUCAAAAAUAAAGAGAGCUUGACAUGGACUGCCCUGAACAGUUUGAAUGUCAGCCGUCGUGUCAUUCUUUCCGGAACGCCCAUCCAGAACGACUUGUCCGAAUAUUUUUCCCUUCUCCAUUUCGCCAACCCAAACCUGCUGGGCUCACAGAACGAGUUUCGCAAACGAUUCGAACUGCCUAUCCUUCGAGGCAGAGAUGCUGCAGGCACCGAGGAGGAUAAGAAGCUGGGUGACGAGCGCCUGGUAGAACUAUCCGCCAUUGUGAACAAGUUCAUCAUUCGACGAAGCAACGAUAUUCUAUCGAAAUACCUGCCUCUAAAAUACGAGCAUGUGGUUUUCUGCAAUAUGGCUCCGUUCCAGCUAAAUCUUUACAACCACUUCAUCCAGAGUCCGGAAAUCCGAAGCCUGCUUCGAGGAAAGGGAAGUCAGCCUUUGAAGGCCAUUGGAAUUUUGAAGAAGCUCUGCAACCAUCCAGAUCUCCUCGACUUGGCAAACGAUCUUCCCGGAUGCGAACAUACAUUCCCCGAUGACUUUACACCGCCCGAUGCCCGAGGCCGAGAUAGAGAAGUCAAAAGUUGGUAUUCCGGGAAGAUGAUGGUUCUUGAUCGCAUGCUUGCCCGGAUCAGACAAGAUACGAACGACAAAAUCGUUCUUAUUAGUAACUACACCCAAACCUUGGACCUUUUUGAGAGACUUUGCCGCACGCGUUCAUAUGGCUGCCUGCGACUGGAUGGAUCCAUGAACAUCAAGAAGCGAUCGAAGUUGGUUGACAAAUUCAAUGAUCCCGAUGGUCCUGAGUUCGUCUUUCUUCUCAGCAGUAAAGCCGGUGGUUGCGGUCUCAACCUGAUCGGCGCCAACCGACUCGUCCUUUUCGACCCGGAUUGGAACCCGGCUGCCGACCAGCAAGCUUUGGCCCGUGUGUGGCGUGACGGGCAAAAGAAAGAUUGCUUCGUCUACCGGUUCAUUGCCACUGGUUCCAUUGAAGAGAAAAUCUUCCAACGUCAAUCUCACAAACAAUCACUGUCUUCUUGCGUCGUGGACUCGGCAGAAGACGUAGAGCGCCAUUUCUCGCUCGAAUCAUUGCGAGAGCUAUUCCAGUUCAAACCCGAAACUCGCAGCGAUACACACGAUACAUUCAGAUGCAAAAGGUGCAGACCAGACGGUACUCAAUUCAUUAAAGCCCCGGCCAUGCUCUAUGGUGACACGAGCUCCUGGAACCAUUUCGUCAACGAUGGAGAAAAGGGUCCAUUGAACCAGAUUCAAGACCUGUUGAUACGACAGGAGGUCGGAGAAAGAGACGUCUCGGCCGUGUUCCAGUACAUUAGUCACUGA